UUUUGUUUCUCUCACUGGCUGUCAGCAACAGCGGUAUCCAGGCCGCAGGGGUCCCCCAGGCUCCCCUAGAGCAGCUCUGGCUGGGCAGGAAAGGCUGAAAGGAAAGAACUCCGGAACAGGAGCCCAGGAUCCAUUUCCGGAAAUGGGGCAGCAGCCCCCACCCCAUGCUGCCCUCUCAGACCCCGGGAGAUAGGGCGGCUCGCAGGACUGCCAGACCCUGCCCCAGCUGCAGGGCCAAGGUGACCGCUCACCUGCCGCUCCUCUCCCAGGACACCCAGCGGACCCCGGCCUGACUCAACCAGGUUCAGGGUUGCUGAAUGUGCCUGGGGAGGAAGAGGAGGAGGAGGAACAGGGUGGCUCCCUAGGGCCAGAGCCAGCUCUAAGUCACCAGGAAGCCAGAAGGAAAUUCCUGACCAGCAUGGUUUCCCAGGGCUCCCCAACCUCCCUACUGGAGGCUCUGAGCAGUGAUUUCCUGGCCUGUAAAAUCUGCCUGGAACAGCUACACACACCCAAGACGCUGCCCUGCCUGCACACCUACUGCCAGGACUGCCUGGCCCAGCUGGCCCAGGGCGGCCACGUCCGCUGUCCCGAGUGCCGUGAGACAGUGCCCGUGCCGCCUACUGGUGUGGCUGCCUUCAAGACCAACUUCUUUGUCAAUGGGCUCCUGGACCUGGUGAAGGCCCGGGCCUGCGGGGACCUGCGUGCUGGGAAGCCGGCCUGUGCCCUGUGUCCCCUGGUCGGGGGCACCAGUGCCGGAGGGCCGGCCACAGCCCGGUGCUUGGACUGUGCCGAUGACCUGUGCCAGGCCUGUGCCGACGGGCAUCGCUGUACCCGCCAGACCCACACCCACCGCGUGGUGGACCUGGUGGGCUACAGGGCAGGGUGGUAUGACGAAGAGGCCCGGGAGCGCCAGGCGGCCCAGUGUCCCCAGCACCCUGGGGAGGCUCUGCGCUUCCUGUGCCAGCCCUGCUCCCAGCUGCUGUGCCGUGAGUGCCGCCUGGACCCCCACCUGGACCACCCCUGCCUGCCCCUGGCCGAGGCGGUGAGUGCCCGGAGACCCGGCCUGGAGCAGCUGCUGGCAGGCGUGGACAACAACCUGAUGGAGCUGGAGACCACUCGGGUGGUGGAAAAGGAGGCGCUGGCCCGGCUGCGGGAGCAGGCCGCCAGGGUGGGAAUACAGGUGGAGGAGGCGGCGGAAGGGGUCCUCCGGGCCCUGCUGGCCCAGAAGCAGGAGGUGCUGGGACAGCUGCGGGCCCAUGUGGAAGCUGCCGAGGAGGCUGCCCGGGAGAGGCUGGCCAAGCUGGAGGACAAGGAGCAGGUGGCCAGGGCAGCGGCUGCCUUUGCCCGGCGGGUGCUCAGCCUGGGGCGUGAGGCUGAGAUACUCUCACUGGAGGGGGCGAUCACCCAGAGACUCCAGCAGCUGCAGGGCUGUCCUUGGACGCCAGGGCCGGCACCCUGCCUGCUGCCCCAGCUCGAGCUCCACCCCGGGCUCCUGGACAAGAAGUGCCGUCUUCUUCGGCUGUCUUUCGAGGAGCAGCAGGUGGAGGAUGGUGGGAAAGAUGAAGCGGGUACCCAGGGAGGGCCUGAAAGCCAGAGCCAGCAAGAGGUUGCAGCCAAGCCAGAGGGGCAGAGUGGAGUCCAGCCCCAGGGUAGGGAUGGAGCCCUACCCCCGAAAGAGGACAAAGCCCAGUCGCCCCAGGAAGAUGCAGGACCCCAGUUCGAGAGGGGUGGCAGAUCCAACAAGAAGAAAAAGUUCAAAGGCAGGUGCAAAUCCAUCUCCCGUGAGCCCAGCCCCGCCCUGGGGCCAAACCUGGAUGGCUCAGGCCUCCUCCCCAGGCCCAUCUUUUACUGCACCUUCCCCACGCGGAUGCCUGGGGACAAGCGGUCCCCUCGCAUCACUGGGCUGUGUCCCUUCGGCCCCCGGGAGAUCCUGGUAGCCGAUGAGCAGAACAGGGCGCUGAAGCGCUUUUCCCUCAAUGGCGACUACAAGGGCACGGUGCCGGUCCCUGAGGGCUGCUCCCCAUGCAGCGUGGCUGCCCUCCAAGACGCGGUGGCCUUCUCGGCCGGUGCGAGGCUCUAUCUUAUCAGCCCCAGUGGUGAGGUGCAGUGGCGCCGGGCCUUGAGCCUUGGCCAGGCCAGCCACGCGGUGACCGCACUGCCCAGCAGGGACCGGGUAGCUGUCAGUGUGGCUGGCCACGUGGAGGUGUACAACAUGGAGGGCAGCCUGGCCACCCGGUUCAUCCCAGGGGGCAAGGCCAGCCGGGGCCAGCGGGCGCUGGUGUUCCUGACCACCAGCCCCCAGGGCAAUUUUGUGGGGUCCGAUUGGCAGCAGAAUAGCGUGGUGGUGUGUGACGGGCUGGGUCAGGUGCUUGGGGAGUACAAGGGACCCGGCCUGCAUGGCUGCCAGCCGGGGUCCCUGUCUGUGGAUAAGAAGGGCUACAUCUUCCUGACCAUCCGAGAGGUUAACAAGGUGGUGAUUCUGGACCCAAAGGGGUCACUUCUUGGUGACUUCCUGACAGCCUUCCAUGGCCUGGAAAAACCUCGGGUGACCACCAUGGUAGACGGCAGGUAUCUGGUCGUGUCUCUCAGUAAUGGGACCAUCCAUGUCUUUCGGGUCCGUUGGCCUGACAGUUAGAGGGGUCAGGGCUGGGGGGAGGGGGGGGGAAGGUGGGAUAUGGUGGCUGAGGACAUUUCCUGGAGGGCAGGGGGUUCCAGUGUUUCAGCAUGAAAUGCCAGACUACUAACCCCUUUUCUGAUGUGCAGGGGUGGGGACCAAUUUCCGUGUGACCAUAGAAGCAGUGGGACAGGGGCUGGGGAUUUAGCUCAGCGGCAAAAGCGCCUGCCUGGCAAGCGCAAGGUCGUGAGUUCGGUUCCUGGUACCAGAGAAAAACAAACAAACAAAAAAAGAAGCAGUGGGACACAAGGUGCUGGACGUCAGCCGAGCCUCUUACUUUUUGUAUGUGACUGUAUGCUGCUGGUGAGGCCACUGCUAUAUAGUUUAAGAGUCCUGGGAUUUGUAAGUGUGUCUUGAUUUGCAUUCUUCAAAACCAUUCCUAGUGGAGUAGCCAAGAGGGAGUCCUGAAGAGGCGGGUACAUGUUGUCCUCUGAGACAGGAAGGACCUAGAGCCAGGCAUGGUGGCAGAGGCCAGUAAUCCCAGCACCCUGGGAGGUUGAGGCAGGAGGAUUGUAAAUUCAAAC